AAAGGGGCACGUUAUAUUUUGUGCUAAAUAUAAUUUAGUUUUGUUUGCUAAUCAUGUUUUACGUCUAACACGGUAUUCGUGAACGUCAAUCAUUGCCACUUUAAUAAGCAUCCAGCCGUUGUGUCACCAUUCAUUACUUCUUUGAUAAGCAGGCUUGUGCAAUUAAAAAUGAAACUCAAGUUUUGGAUAUAUCUGUUCGUGGUUUUAACAUUAGCACUAUAUGUAACCGCUAGACCGCAACAAGGCAAAGCGAAGGGGCUGGACAAAGGGAAAGUAGGCAUAGGUCGGGGACGAGGACCACCACCCGGCCGUGGACUACCACCCGGCCGUGGACCACCACCCGGCCGUGGAAAGGGCAAUAAAAAGCCGGGCAAAGGCGGGCGCGGUAGACCUCCCUUUAUUUGGGACGGUGGACCGCCCGGUGAUGGUGUCUCGCCUGACCCAUGUGCUGAAAUUCUGUGUCCACUACUAAGCUGUUCUGGUGGCGCAGACCCAGUGAAAAAGCCAGGCGAGUGUUGUUCCUCUUGUCCAACUCACCCGUGCGAGAACGUUCCUUGUGAAUGGCCACUCUGUGGACCGGGCUUGGCACCAGCACGAAAACCAGGAGAAUGCUGCCCUACCUGCCCGCCUGAUCCCUGCGCGAGGGUUGCCUGUCCACUCCAGCCGCCUUGCCCGGGCGGUGCAAAGAGGGUGAUGAAACCGGGAGAAUGCUGUGAAACAUGUCCGCCGGAUCCAUGCGCGAGAGUUGCUUGCCCCGUUAUGGAACCAUGUGCUGUCGGCACGAUGCCAGUGACAAAGAUCGGAGACUGCUGUCCCAGCUGCCCGGAUGACUGUGCGGGUACAAAGUGCCCACAACGGGCCGACUGCCCCGGGGGAGUUGUUCCGAUUAAGACGCCUGGCCAGUGUUGCCCUUCAUGUCCGGGCGCGCCCGGAAAGCCCGGUAGUUGCCCGGCGAUGCCCCCCGACGUGAUGUCCAAAUGUAUCAUUACCGGCGACUUCUGUAAAAAUGAUGCCGAAUGUCCCGACGACGACAAGUGCUGUAACGAUAGCUGUGGACUCUCCUGUCAGCCGCCUGAUGGCUGCAUUAAAAAUGGAAAAUCUUUUAAUGAAGGGGAAGCAAUGCCCAGCGAUGACGCCUGUAUUAGUUGCCACUGUAACCUGGGACAGAAAGACUGCACGGUCAAAUUGUGCCCUGAACCAACUUGCGCUGUGCCCGUUAAAUCGCCCGGUGUUUGCUGCGAGACAUGUCCGCCAUAAGUACGAACUAACAUUGGGUCGAGUAGUUCAUAUCCAUGUGACCAAGAAAUUGGAGGAAUGGUUAAUAUAAUACAUUUGUAGUCAUAAAAUUAAUGAUCUCGUUCUGGCCUGUUCAGUUUUGUUGUUGUGGUAAAAAUGGCCACGGCAAUUGCGACCUUCAUGUAUACCCUUUAUUUUUCACUUAUCUGUGAUUAAACAUAUAACUUUAUGGACAUGUUAAUUUAAUUAAUAGAUAUAUCUUUUAUUUCCUUCAUAAAUGGAGAGCAUAACAUAUAUACAACAGGUUCAGUUGGUACCAAAGUACAUACAAAUGUCAAAUAAUGCAUGGUUUUAUAUAUACAACAAUGGACAAGAUAUAAACAUACAAAAUAAAUGAA